UUCACGUCUCCUCAAAUGCCUAUCGCAUCUUUGAUAGGGCUUCGAGCUUCGUCAUGCUCCCUCCGUCGAUCAAACCGUAGCUUUUCGUCGGUUUUAGGGAUCAUGACGACCGACAGAGUGUGUAGUUGAUUCUCAAAACUUGAUAUUCCUUUCUCCGUCUCUCUCUCUAGUUGUAGGCUUCGUUGUCAUCUCCUUUUCAUAGUUCUUACGAAUCAGCACAAUCAAGCAGAAUGUCAGACUACAUACCCGAGGAAAUCUUGCGUGAAAUUCUCGUAAGACUGCCUGUAAGGUCUUUGCUUCGAUUCACAUCUGUCUGCAAAUCAUGGUACUCUAUAAUUAUAAACCCUAGUUUCAUCUCCCUCCACCUCAAUCGAACCCUAGCAAACAGAAAAUCAAACGACGACAAGCUUCUACUUAGGGUUUAUACCAACAAUGACAGGAAAGAGCACUACUUCGUGUUAUCCGACGACGACAAGUUCGGAGAUGAGUAUAUGGAAAUCGAGUGCCCAAUAAAAAGCUAUUUUGGGUAUUUCAGGAUAGUUGGCAGAUGCAACGGGUUGAUUUGUUUUUGCGACGAUUACUUCCGAGAUGCGCAAAACGUUAUUAUCUGGAACCCAUCGAUUAGGAAAACAGUGUCUCUUCCCUUGCCCUACAAGCCUCAGCGCCCGCAUAUGUUUGUUCUUGGAUUUGGUGCCCAUCCUAUAACUCACGAGUAUAAGGUGGUCAGGAUUGUGUAUGAGAAAGAGGAUCUACACCGCUUCAAAGUUCCUUCAGAGGUUGAAAUCUAUACCCAAGCGACGGGGAAAUGGAAAGGCGUUAAUUCUGCUCCUCCUCCAUAUUGUAUGGUUGAAUUUUCAUGGUCACAGGUUUUUCUGAAUGGAGCUGUACAUUGGAUUGCUUAUGAUCCAUCUGUGGUAGGUGCUUUUCGCAGUUUGAUAGUGUCAUUUGACAUGGGGGAGGAGGUAUUCCGGGAGGUGAUACUGCCUUCUGCCCUAGCUGAACAGCGUCCGACAUACUUAUCUGUCGCUUCAUUUGGAGAAUCGCUUGCUGUGCUGUGCAGUGCGCAAAUGGGAAGGGGGGCUUCCUGUGUGUGGGUGAUGAAAGAUUUUGGACUUGUAGAAUCUUGGACUAAAUUGUACAGUGUUAAUCUACCAGGGGUGUUAGACAGAACAUUGGGAUUUAGGAAGAACGGUGAAGUGCUGUUAUCAACUACUUAUAACUCGCUGCUCUCUUUUGACCCUGGGACCAGAACAAUCAUGAAUACAGGAAUUACAGGGAGUUCUUACUCAUUUAAUGUUGAUACGUUCAUGGAAAGUCUGGUGCUACUGAAGGACAAGGUGGUGGUGCCUUGGAGAGGUUGAACCAUCUAUGAUGGUUGUUGCACUUUCCAGGGGAGGAGAAAGGGAUCCAGUCGAAUGGUAUCAGUAUGAAGUUUGUUAUUUUGUUAUCAACUAACUACUAUGGUUGGCUAGCCCUGGAACCAGAACAAUCAUGAAUACAGGAAGUUAUAUCGAGUGCAUACCCAUUUAAUGUUGAUUCUUUCAUGCAAAGUCCGUUCUACUAAAAGCACAAGGUGCAGUCUCAGAGGGGCAGUUGAACCCUGUCACACCUGUCCUUCAAUUCUGGAGAAUAGGAAGGGAUGGAAAUGAGUGGAAGCGGUAAUAAAGAUUCUAAUUGCAAUGUAACGAGGAUGCAAGGAAUUAAAAAAAAAAAUUACCAACCUUUUUCAUUUGAGCAUGAUUUUCCCUAUUUGUACCUCCUCUUCUAAUGCGAAAGAGAGUAAAUCACAAACUUACAUGAAUUGCAAGUCUUAACCAUUACAGUGAUUGCACAUGCACCAGCAGCUUGUAAUGCCAUGGCAUGUCUAAUUUUUGUGCGUGAGUUCCUCAGAUUAUAAAAA